CUCAUUUCUUUAUCUACACCUGACUUCUGUUUCUUUACUGAACAACUUCCUCUCCCUUCUAUCACAAUGUUUGCACCACUCGGUCUAUUCAAGGAUAUACCUUGUCCUGAAGGGCAAAAUUGCUUGCUCUUGACCUGCAUCUUCUCUCACCGGGACGUCGCCUCCACAUCAGCCUCCCAAGGAGGCUGUCAGAACACUCAUAUACCAAGAACAGUCAAGAACGAGAUAGGAACAACAUCAGGCGAAUCAGCUGUCGAACCCAAAGCACAUGCUCCGGGUGACGAGAAAAAGGCCAAGGCAAUUGGCAAGCUGGCAUCUUCGCCCGCUAAAGAGGCACUCAGUCAAGGUUCUGUGUCAAAAGCUCCGUCGAACAAGCCAUCCCAAUUCAAUGGCCAAGCCAACGUCAAGCUUCAGUCCUUAUUAAGGGAAGUUACGCCUCCAGCAAAGCCAACGUCUACAUCAACCAAAGCAAGCGCUCCCGGCUCUCGAAAAUCUCUCCCACCAAAGCAAGCACCGCGAGAAAGCCUAAACCCUCGGAUGCUGACGAAAGCACCCGCGCCCCAUGGUGUGCGUCUGGCCAUCCUCACCAAGCUGCAUGCCGGUAUGUCUGCUCUAAAUGACAAGUUGGCCAAAGACAAAGAAAGCCAGGACAAAUAUCUUGUUCUCACGCCGAAUGAGCUUAUCACAAUGGCCUUGGAUGAAGAGGAAAAGACCGCCAAAGAGAAUCCAAGCAUAUACUCCAAUGUCAUCAAGCUCCGUAUAGUAAAGCUCUCAAAAAUGAGCAAGGAAGAAUGGGCCAAUGACGUCAAAACCCACCUUAAUGAGCGUUAUUACAAGAUUGCGCCCGGGCCAGAACAGUCAAAACCGAAACCUCUUGACACUGGGCUUAGUGCAAAGGAAGAGAUAGCAUUGGCGAGCAAGCUUGUGACACGUCUGGAAGGUCUCGAGCAGUACGGCUACGUUACUAAACCUCCGACGGACGCUGAAGUGGAAGGUGCCAGGAAAGGUGUUAUUGAAUCCAAGGGAUGGGAAAAGUGCGAUCGGUGUGGAGGCAGGUUCCAAGUCUUCCCUGGUCGUCGGGAGGAUGGUACCUUGACGACUGGAGGGCAAUGCACAUAUCACCCGGGCAAACCUCUCUAUCCGCCCAAGAAGAAGACCGAUCACAUCACGGGGCACAAAGAUGCAUACUUCUCGUGCUGCAACGAGUCAGUGGGAACUUCUGCUGGCUGCACCAAGGGCAAGACCCAUGUAUUCAAGGUAUCGGAAACCAAACGACUCGCAUCAGUACUCCAGUUUCAGAAAACCCCGGAACAACCAGACAAGGGGCGACUCCCUCCAAUUUGCUUCGACUGUGAAAUGGGUUACACAACACUGGGAUUGGAACUGAUUCGGUUAACCGCUGUUAGCUGGCCUCAAGGCAAGACGCUCUUGGAUAUCUUGGUCAGACCCAUCGGUGAAGUGUUGGAUUUGAAUUCCCGGUUUUCUGGUGUUUUCCCAGAGCACUACACGAAGGCCAUUCCCUAUGGGAGCUCUGGCUCUCAGACGAUUUCACAGUUGGAGGACGGGGAAGUGGACUCGCCUCCAUUGCAGAUUGUCGAGUCGCCUGCUGCAGCCCGGGCGCUUCUAUUCGAAUGUCUUCAACCAGAUACGCCACUCAUUGGUCAUGCGAUCGAUAAUGACCUCAAUGCGUGCCGCAUCAUUCAUCCGACAAUCAUUGAUACUGUGCUCCUCUACCCACAUCCCCGGGGCUUACCUCUCCGUAUGAGCUUGAAGACUCUAUGCCGAAGACACCUAGAUCGAGACAUCCAAACGGGAGGCAGCAGCGGCCAUGAUUCAAAGGAAGACUCGAUCGCUACGGGUGAUCUGGUGAGGGUCAAGGCAGCAGAGACGUGGAAGGUCCUCAAGUCUAAAGGCUGGCGCAUACAUAACGACCAGCUUGUGCCUCCACCAGGCGCCGAUGCGGAAGCUGCUGCAGCACACGGAAGGCUUGGAUCGGGAGCGGGUCAAAAGCGGGCAAGCUCGGCGUUGGGAGAUUGACGGCACGAUUGUCGAUGACAUAGAUUAGUACAUUUAGUGAUACCCAGUUUACGCGUACUCAAAUUGUACAACAUCCGACUACGUAAUUUACAACGGAACAACAUUAGGUUCGAGUGAUAGAUUGCUCUAUUCAAUCGUGUAUCUACCAGUCAUAACGUCAUGAGUAGAGGUAGCCAUGACAAGCCGGGGCAGCCACAGAUUGUCCACCUUUUCAGGAACAGACAUCUCCGAGCCAACCACCAGCCAUCGCCAAAGCGGUAUAGGAAUCCCUCCCUGUAGAGCACAUCUAUACCCAAACCAGACUUCCAAGUGAUAACCCUCAAUUCAGAUAUCGCUCCCAGUUAUUGGUAACCCCCUGACGCGAGCACACUUGUCAUCCGGUCAUUUUUGGAUUUUUUUGGUUGUUGUCAUUCCGGAAGGAGUAAUUUACUCCUCAUCCUCCUCGCCCUCGUCGUUGACGA